AUGGCCCCCGUGAAGCGCAGAGAUCUGGUCUUCGCCGCUAUCGCCGUCUUCAUCGCCUGGGGGUACCUGACCCAUUGGCAGCCCAAGCUGCACUACCUGCCCUACGCCUUCUUCGCCGGAGUACUCGCGACGCUUGCCCUGGGAGCAUGGCUCACCUUCACGAUCGCCUGGGACACAGACCUACGAGGCGGAGGAAAGGUCGACUAUGGGCCGCGCCACGUCGCCUUCGUUGCGCCGGACAGGUGGAAGGCUGAGAGGGAGGCUUUGGACAUGAGGAACAUGUAUAUGAUGGAGCCGCUAUACCCCGCGUCCUUCAUGAUAUCAGACAGCAUCGACGUGCUCAUUGGGCUGAUACUGCGCGACUUCGUGAAGAGCUGGUACGGCAGUAUCAGCAAAAGCCCAACCUUCGUCAACGAGGUGGACAAUGCGAUACGGGCUGCAAUGGGCGAGAUCCGGGAACGCAUACUGGCGGUAGAUAUGGUCGAGACAGUCGUGUCGCGCAUGAUACCUCUCAUCACCGAUCAUUUGCGGGCGUCGUACGAGGCAGAGCGCAUAGUCCGCGGACGCAAGCUGUCGCGGAACAUCACAGAUUCUGAGGAGCUUGAUCUAGCCAUCGCAGCCAAAUACAAGGAGGGCCGGUUGCACCCGGCGGCGUCGUUGGCAUACUCGAAUACCAAGCCUAUACAGCAGCAACAUCUACGAAGCAUCGUCACGCGACUACUGCCAAAGAUUAUGCCUGCGAACAUGUCUACCAGUCCCGCUGUCAAUGUACUGAUCAAAGAGCUUGUGGCCUGCGCAGUCCUCUCUCCUGUGAUGCAGAUGCUCGCUGACCCAGACACAUGGAACCAGCUUAUGGAGGGCUACGGACGAUCGUUAAUACAGGAAAGGAAAACUGUCCGCAAGAUUCGAGCUGCUCUCGAUGAACAUGCUCCGCCCUCACCGAAGAACCCCAAGAACGUCCAGUUCCCAAAGCUUGCGCCCGGCGAUAACGAACGACGGUUCGAACGUUUCAUACGAGCCAUCAGGCAGACCAAUACUCUUGCAGAUGCUAGACGAUUUCGCAGCGAAGUGUCAAGCCAAUUGCGGAAGGAUUCCACUGUAGAAGAUCAAGACCCUGUCUAUCUGCGGCGCCUAGAAACAGCGCGACAAAUCUUGGAUACAAAGGUCACCAACCUCAGUGCUGGUGGCUCGGUGCGGGCAAAGGUUGCUGCGCAGGAGAAGCCGAAGCACAAGCGCACUUCGUCCAAGUUCGCAAAUGCGUCUUUGCGCGAAGUGCUGUACGAUGCCUCAGGACUGUCUUGCUUCAUGGAGUUCAUGGACCAGGCGGAUCUGAUGCGGCUGGUGCAAUUUUGGAUCGUAGUGGACGGCUUUCGCAAUCCAUUGGAAGUUGAGACUGAAGAAGCGCCAGACUACAUAGGCUCGCUUCCUGCAUGGACAGAGUCUGACCGCGCAGACCUGGCGCAGAUCUACGACGGUUACUUGUCGAACCCGGAGUUGAAGAUACUUCCUGAAGCUCAACAAGCUGUCUCCGAGUUUCUCAAAGCCGGACGGAAGGCGACUCCGCAGCAGUAUCAUAAUGCGCGACGUUCUUUGCUCCAAGCUCAGACGGCGGCGUACGAACAAUUACAGGAGCCCUACUUCCGAAGGUUCAAGAAAUCCAACUUGUAUUACAAGUGGUUGGCCAUGGACGAGGCGGCGAACGCUCAGAACAGCAGUGUGAAUACGAGGACUGUAGCGCAAACACUCGACAAUUCGUCUGCGGCUGCACCUGCUAUGAUUCGCACCCAGUCAAGGCAGAAAAGCGCAUUGCAGAUACCACAAGGAGACUUGCGUCGAGCCGUCGCAUCGUCAUCAGAUCUCAAGAGCCAAGGAGCCGUCAAAAAUGCCGAGCCACCUGCACGACGUUCUUUGGAUGUACAUAGAUCAGCAUCUGCACGCGCACCUCUUUUCGACGAGGACUACGACUCAGACCCUCUCGCACACUCGACCGCAAGCCUCAACUCAGACUUUGGUCAUGAUCGCUCCAAUGGCAACAAUACGCAGGUCGUCGAUGCUAUGCAGGCUGCCAUCAUCGACAUUAUGGACGAGCCUGAGGGUUCGAUAUUCUACGAGCCGGGCCUGAAAUCGCCACUAGACAGUGUUUCCAUGCGAGGAUCCGUCGAUCUACCACGAGCGUCAUCCCCAGCCCCACAAUCACAAUUGCAGCAAAGCAAAGACAGUCUGAAGCCAAGCAUAGCGUCCCUUGGCUUAGUUGGAGAGCCUAGAACGCGCGGUGUCUUUGAUGAUGACCUGUUUGGUGAUGAAGAAAGGUUCAUGGAGGACGAGAUCGAUGACCCAGUCCCAAGGAGCAAAGCAGAGGAGGAAGAGAUCCACGAGGCAGCGCCCGGAGACCUGGGUCUCGCAGAGGCUAUCGAUGCGCUAACGGCUGAUAUUGAGCGCCUAGUAUCCCAAGAGUCUAUCGUCGACUCGCUUACAUCGAAAGCUGAGUUGACAAACAACGCUGCAGAACUGAGGAUCUUGCGAAAAUCGAAAGCCAGUCUUCAGCGAGAAAUCCAAAGAAAAGAGCUACAGCGUCAACAGUACAUUGUUCAGGAGAGCGACAACAGCUUGUACGGACGCGCGACUGUGUUCAUUCAAUCAAUCAUGGUCGGCACAGAGGAAGACGGCAAGGAGUAUGCUAUGUACGUCAUCGAAGUACGACGACGUGCUGGCGACCAGAUGCCUGCCGCUACUUGGGUCGUCUCACGACGAUACAGCGAGUUCCACGAGCUGAACAAAAGGCUUCGCGCCAAAUUUCCGCAAGUCCGAAAUCUGGAGUUCCCGCGCCGGCAGAUGAUGCUGAAGCUCCAGAAAGACUUCUUACACAAGAGACGACUUGGCCUUGAGAAGUACCUAAGGGAACUUCUACUCAUCCCAGCUGUCUGUCGCAGCCGCGAACUACGUGCCUUCCUCUCACAAGCUGCGAUCAGCCCCGCCGACGCCUUGCGCAACCAGGAUCCAAACUCCAACGACUUCGUAACUCGCAUCUACAACUCAGUUGCCGAUGGUAUGGAAGAGUUCCUGGGUAACAUACCGGUGCUGGAUCAACUGUCCGUCGCAGGCCAAAACCUCAUAUCAGCUGCAACCACUCAGCUCGCCAACACAAACGGCGCGACUGCCCAACCCGGCAAUCUUUCCUCCUCCGGCGUCCUCGUCGCCGGCGAGCCCGGCAACGAUGCAGAAGCAGAAGCCGAACUCCUCGCCUUCGAAAACAAAGAGCUCGAACCCUUCGUAAAACCCAUCUGCGACAUCUUCCUCGAAACGUUCGAAUUGAACCGCGAGAACAACUGGCUCCGAGGCCGCGCUGUCGUCGUAGUCUUGCACCAACUCCUCGGUGGCACUAUUGAGCGCAAAGUCCGCGAGUCUUUCGACAACCUGCUCUCUGAGAACAACAUCGUCAAGUACAUCGACACGCUAAAGGACAGUAUGUGGCCGAACGGCAGGAUGAAAGUCGGUGUUGAACGAACUAGCAAAGAUAAAGAGAACAGUCGGAAGGCGGCGAGCGAGGUUCUAAGUACGCUGGUACCUGAGUUGGCGAGUAGUGUGGUGGGGAGGCAGAAUGCGCAGUUGGCGGCGAAGAAGAUUGAGGGGACUAUUAAUAAUACCCGGUUGAAUACGCAUAUUGCGUUUACGCUUCUGGACGAGAUGGUGCAGGUUUUGUUUCCGGAUGUUGGGACGAAGUAA